CGCACUAAUUUGGAAGCGGCAUUAUUUUUUUCGAAUUCAACAGUAACAAAGAUGUCGAUAAUUUUGUGUUCCCUGUGAAACAUUAGAGUCUGUUUGUUAUUGAACUGUGAUGUGAUUAUUGUAAAGCGUGAAGAUCAAGAAGCUGCAAAUAAUGUCUGCCAAGAACCCGAGUUCCAUCCAGGUGUGCAUCAAGGUGCGUCCUUGCGAGCCCGAGCUCACCUCCCUGUGGCAGGUCAACGAUGGCCGCUCCAUCCACCUGGCGGACAGCCAUGCGGAGCCCUAUGUCUUUGACUACGUCUUCGACGAGGGCACCGGCAACCAGGAGGUGUUCGACCGUAUGGCCAAGCACAUCGUGCACGCCUGUAUGCAGGGCUUCAAUGGAACUAUUUUCGCCUACGGCCAGACGUCGUCGGGGAAGACGUACACGAUGAUGGGCGACGGCCAGAACCCGGGCGUCAUGGUGUUGGCCGCCAAGGAGAUCUUCCAGCAGAUCUCCAGUGAGAAGGAACGCGACUUCCUGCUGCGCGUGGGCUACAUAGAGAUCUACAACGAGAAGAUCUAUGACCUGCUGAACAAGAAAAACCAAGACCUGAAGAUCCACGAGGCCGGCAAUGGGAUCGUGAACGUAAACUGCGAGGAGUGCAUCAUAACCAGCGAGGACGACCUCCUGCGCCUCCUCUGCAUGGGCAACAAAGAGCGAACCGUGGGCGAGACCAACAUGAACGAGCGCUCCAGUCGCUCACACGCCAUUUUCCGCAUAAUCAUUGAGUCCCGAAAGUCGGACCGCAGUGACGACGACGCCGUAAUCCAGAGCGUGCUGAACCUGGUGGAUCUGGCUGGAUCGGAGCGGGCGGACCAGACAGGUGCCCGAGGAGCUCGCCUUAAGGAGGGUGGCCAUAUAAACAAGAGCCUGCUUUUCCUUAGCAAUGUGAUUAAGAGCCUGUCCGAGAACAUGGACAACAAGUUCAUCAGCUUUCGCGACUCCAAACUUACACGCAUCCUGCAGGGAUCGCUUUGUGGCAAUGCUUUGACCUCCAUCAUAUGCACGAUCAAGCCCUCUAUCAUGGAGGAGUCGCAAUCCACCCUGAGCUUCGCCACGCGUGCCAAGAAAGUCCGCAUCAAGCCGCAAGUCAACGAGAUGGUGUCCGACGCCACGAUGAUGAAGCGGCUGGGGCGCGAAAUUCAGGUUCUGAAGGACAAGCUUGCCGAGGCAGAGCGCAAAAACGAGAGUCAGUUAAAGGUUCAGGAUCUGGAGCAACGCAUCCAGCGCGACAUGCAUAAGAUAAUCUCCAGCACAUCACUGAGUGAUAAGUGUCAUCAAAAACGGCGUCGCACGUGGUGUCCGGCUCCUUCGGGUCAGGUGCUUGAGUCGGCCGGGAUUAGCAUAACAGACGACCGACUUCUUCAGUUUUCAAAGGUCUCCUAUCUACCGAAACCAGUCUUUUUUUCCAACUCAAGUGUAGGAAAACGAUUGAACAACAUUCCCAAGACCAUCAACAUUCUCGGAAGCUUGGAUAUCGGCACUGAUGGCCAUACAAUUGAUGAAGAAUUCUUUCCGGCUGAGUCUAUUGACUUUGGCUCUCCUCGCCCAGGUUUCGACAAAGACAUGCUGACUAACCUGAAGCUGCCAGACCUGACCUUGACUCCCUUGACGAGAAACGUGGCUCCUUUAACCUCGGAAAAGAUCAAGGAGAUCCAGGACCUGCAAAUGUUCACCAGCUUAGAGAAGCACUGCGAAGUGGAGAGUAAGGAGGUGCAGGUUUUAAAAGAAAAGCUGAUCGGGGUUACAGCUCAACGGGAUAAGUUAGAGCAAGAUUCUAUAACCGAGAAGGAGCGUUACGACGCUCUGCAGGAAGAGGUCACCAGCUUGACAGCAGCCAAUGAGGCUGCGAAUUCAAAGAUCAACGAAUUAGAAGAGCAACUGAGUUCUCUGAAAGAGACUAUGACCAGAUUGGAAGUAGAAAACCGCGAGGCAGUGAGCCUAGAAUUUGAGUUCGAGGCCCACAAGAAAACCUCGAAACUGCGCGUGAAUGACUUGCUAUCAGCGCUUUCUGAAAAGGAGUUGACCAUAGAAAGCCUGCAAAAGUCUCUCGACAGUUUAUCCCAAAACAAGAAUUCGCAAGCUGAGACUAAAACCCGCAAUGAACGCGAGGAGGAGGAGAUGCAGAUCCAGCUUAAGGAAGCUCAUAACUCUAAAGCUAUGGUGGAAAAUUUUAAGGCUCAGAACCAAGAGCUAAAAACGAAACUCUCUCAGUUGGAGUCAGACUUCGAGGAGAUUCAGCGGGAAUACGACUGCCUUUCCAACCAACUGAUGGAAAGUGUCCAAGAAAACGACGCCCUGCGAGAGGAACUCAAGCAGCGCCAAACCAGCUUUGACUUGGAGUCCAUGAAGAGUUCUGGUGUGGGCACUGAGUGCAGCGAACAGGACAAUAACCCUGACCCAGACAGUGACCUCAUGGAACAGUUUGUCAAACUGUCAGAGUCCAUUCAACAGAUUGAACUUCAGCACCAAUCCGGCUUCAGCCGCCUCUUUAGAGCCAUCAAACAGGAACAGGAUGAGAACGUGCCGGGCUUGAAGCUUUGCCUCGAGUCUGCUGAGUACAUAGAGGGUGACACUCGACAGCAGGAUACAUCCGAUUCCAUUUGUCUCAAAGGUUUUCUAAAGCGACACAGGUUCCAUAUCAUGCAACUCAGUCAGGACCAAGGGAAUGUGGGAGAGGAAAAGCGACUUCUUGAGAUUAUUUCGCAACUGGAACAGGAAGUCGAAGAAAAAAAUGUCCUUAUGGAAGCCACAGAGGCAACCAUCAACGAGAUGCGCGAGCAGAUGACGAACUUGGAGUCUGCCCUCCUUGAAAAGAGUGUUAUUGUGAACAAGGUUGAGGACUAUCAGCGCCAAAUCGAAUCCCUGGAGAAACAAAAUGCAGAGAUGACUAUGGUGUAUGAAGAGCUGCAGGAUAGGGUAACCAGGGAGAACUCAAUGAGCGAGAGUCUGCUUAGAAUUCCGCCUGACGAGGAUACCCUUUCAGGCUUUUCUACAUCCUCCUGGAGGAAAGAUCAGGAAUCCCAGGAAGUGACCGCUCUCAAGACAUCCCUUGCAGAACUGAGGGCGAAGGUGUGUGAUAUGCAGGCCGAGAUGGAAAACCAGCUGACUCAGAUGCAUCUGAAAGACAGGGAUAUCGCCAAGCUUCAGACGGAGUUCGAGGAAAUGAGCGAGCGGUGUUUAACGAUGGAGGUGAGGCUUGCAGAGUUGGAGGUGGAUACUCAGGAAAAGCAGGACCAACUAGGUCGUCAGGCCCAGAAGUUGGCCGAUAACCUACUCCUGAUUGACCAGCUUCAAGAGAGAAACGCGCAACUUGUUGAGCAAAGUUUAAAAACAGAAGAGAAAAGCCAGGAGCAAAUGAUUGUUUCCCCCAUGUAUGAUAAUCAAAUCGAGGAACUUAGAGAGUCGUUGAAGGCAGCCAAAGAAGAACUAAGUGAUUUGGAGAGGGUAAAAGCGGAUGAAAUCAACGCUCUACAGGUGGAAUUCUUGUUGAAAAUUGAGACGAGCGAAAAUGAGAGCAGAGCCAAAAUACGCACACAGGCCCUGGAAAUGGAGGAGAAUAAGGAUCGCUAUGAAAGCAGUAUGGUCGCGUUGAAGGAGCAGCUACUGCUGGCUGAGGAGCAGCUCUCCACUGCUACUGCUCGCUGUCAAACGGAGUUGGAGGACAUUAAAGGGACUUUUCAAGAAAAGAUUACUCAGGCCGAGGAAGAAAGGAACAAUUUGAUUGCUCAACACCAGGCAGCGUUGGAAAAAAUCAGUGAAACCUUAAAGGAAAAGUUGGCUGAGGCUGAAGCACAACAAUUGAAGAUUGAAGAUGACUACAAGUCGCAAAUAAGCGAUGUGACCACUACGCUAAAGGAGCAGUUGAGUCAAGCGGAGGAGGAGCGGGAUAAGGUGUCCUUAAAACUUGAGGAGGUGAGAAAUACUCUGGAGGAGAUGAUAAGUCAUAAUAGUGCGAUGAAAGAUACAAUUGCUGAGCUGGAGAAAACGAAAGCUGAGCAGGACUUGGCAUUGGAUAAGUUAAAAAUGCAGAACAUUGAACUUCAGGCGGUGUACGCUAAGAGCACGGAACAACUGCAAACGCAGUCCCUCACUCGAGAUCUGAACAGUUCAGAUGCACAGGCUCACAGUGAGCGGCUUGAUUCGCUACAAGCCUCUUCGAACCAGAAGAUAAAUGAUCCUCAGGAAAAGUGUGAGCUGUACGUUCUUGACUUGGAUAAACUGAGGCAGGAGAAGGCCGCUUUACAGUUGGAGAUUCAGGAUGCCAAUACACAGCACUCAAUUACCUUGAAGAAACUUCAGGACCUUGAAACUGAAAUGGCUGCUCUGGGCAAGCAGAAGGAGUUGGAGAAGUGUGACCUAGAAGACAAGCUUGAGACUUUCACUGCCAAGAUAAGUGCUCUCCAAGAAGCACUGCAAGAAGCUCAACUCAAGAUCCUAGGUCAUGAGGAUCUGGUUUUGCAGCACGAAAGUCUGAAAAACUGUCUUUCUGAGGCAAACGAACUGUCGUCCAGUUUGCAAGGGGAGGUAGAGCAACUCCAUUUGGAACUGUCCAAUUCCCAGAAAGACAUUUCUAGCCGAGAUGUAGAAAUUGAACAGCUUCGCUCAGAACUGAAGCAGGCCUUGGAUGCAAAGGUAACUGUGAGCUCAGAACAGUUAUGUCUGGUAACCCAGCUUAAAGAAGUCGAGGAGAAAAUGUCAGUUCAAGCAGGCAAAUUCCAACGCGAAGUGGAAGAUCUCAAGAGUUCCAUGACCGAACUGCAGCUGAAGCUUAAUUCUCUGCAAGAAAUAAAAGGUAGCCUCGAGACUGCAAAUGAAGACCUUAAGUUAAAGCUUAAAAAUGCGCAGAACCUGCAGACAAUGUUGGAAGAGCAGCAAGAUUUGUGUGCCAGCCUUAAAGAAAAGGUUGCCCACCUGGAGCAAUCAGAAGCAAACCUCGAAAAGCAGAUGCAAGCCAGGGAAGCAGAACUCAAUCAAAGAUCUUCUGAGCUGUGUCGGGAAGUGGAGCUGGGCCGCAACAUAAUCAGUGAAGUGACCAACGAGUGCGAAAAAUUGCGAUCGGAUCUGGAAGUCAAAUCUGAAAAUUUUCAAAAAGAAAAGAAGGGCUUGGAAUUGAUUGUAUGCAAUCUGCAGAACACUGUGGAAGAGAAAGAUAAGCUGUGUGUCUCCCUCAAAGAAAAUGUUGGGAAACUGGAGCAAUCCGAAACGGACCUUCAGAAGCAGAUGCAAGCCAGGGAAGCAGAAUUCAAUCAAAGAUCUACUGAGCUCUGUCGGGAAUUGGAGCUGGGUCGCAACAUAAUCAGUGAAGUGACCAACGAGUGCGAAAAACUGCGAUUGGACCUGGAAUCAAAAACUGAUAACUUCCAGAAAGAAAAUAAUAGAUUGGAAUUGAUUGUAUCGGACUUGCAAAAGAAUAAUCAGCAACUGGAGGAAAAUAUGAACAUUCUUAGCGAGAAGUAUGAAGACAGUGCUCGACUUAAGGAUCAGUUGGCAUCCAAUAUAGCAGCACUUGCAUCUCUGCAAGAAGUCUCAAAUAAGCAUCAGUUAGCAGUAGAGGCAGCCAACAAUAGAAGCCUCGAACUGGAACAGAAGGCUCAUGAACUCACAACGGAAUGCGAGAAGCUGGGACUCGAUCUGCAAUCCAAAGAGGUUUGUUUCCGUAAGGAGAAGGAGCUAUUGGAGGGCACCCUUUCCAAUCUAUUGGAGGAAAAGCGUCACCUAGAGGAAAAGAUGACCAUGCUCAAUGAUAACGUUAGUAGGCUUGAGGAACUCACAAAGGAGUGCGAUCAGCUACGGUCAACUCUGAAAUCUAAGGAAACUAGUUUCCGCUCUGAGGAGGAACGCAUGAACAGUACAAUCUGCAGUCUAUUAGAAGACAAGCGGAAUCUGGAGGAAAAAUUGUGCACGGUCAACGACAUUGUGGCUAAGCUUGAGUCUGAACUAGCUGCUUUACAAGCGCUUAAAGUGAAUGGAAGCAACGCGUCCUUCGAGUCACAUAUCUCCAAUGGGUCGCCAGUUGCUCCAACAGCGAGAAAGAGUCUCGAUCGAAAUCCUGGCGCCUGUGGGUCAAGGAAAUCCAUUACUUCUGAAACUGAAGUACGCAAGAAUCGGCGAAUCAGCGUUCAUGAUGAGCGGCGGCAAUCUUACUGGAACGACUCUAGGGAUUGUGGCACCAUGACAGAUCCCGUGGACAACAAAUGCAACUGUGCGGAGCUGAACUGCAAGCUUCAGGAUUGCCAGCGCGAUCUCUUCAUUCGCGAAAGCCAAGUGACUGCGUUGACUAUGGAGCUUAAGCAUCAUCCACUGAAGGACGAGAAUGCCCAACUUAAGAAGAGAGUUCAGGAGGAACAGGAGAAAGCACGCGUCGAGCAGAAACGGUUAAAGAUGAAGCUUCACGAUCUCAACGCCAGGGUCACUGAUCUCACUCAUGCUGCCGAGUCGUCAGCCAAAUCGGUUGCCGGCCAAGGAGCACAGGUUUCGACGAAUCUGAAGCCCCCUAUGGUACCGGCAGAAACUCAGACGGAAUCUGAGCUGGAGGCAGUUCUUGAGAAAACAAACAUGAAGUACCAGGAUGCUUGUCGCUUGUUGCGCUCCCGCUAUAAUCUUAUAAAGGAGCUGGAAGAGAAGCUUAAGCAGAACGAAAACAACGACACAUCGAAUAUCUCCUCACUCACAGCUGGUCAAAAUAGUGCACUAAAGGCGCAAUGUGAAUCCUAUAAGAGAGAACUGGCCGUCAUUAAAAGUAAAUACGAGUCCGCAAAACGAGUGUUAAUGAUGCGAAAGGAUGAGCUGGAUGCAUUGCGAGAAAAAAUCGCUAAAUAUGAAGGAGCUAAAUAAGUCACUAGAUUAUAAUACUAGUAGAGUCCUUUUUAAGUGUACAAAUAUUUAUGGGUUUGGUUUUAAGUUCUCUUUAUAUGUCGUAAAUAUGCUUCUUUAAAAAGUUCUGAUUUAGUCAUAGGUAACAAGGUAUAUAUGUAUUCAUCAGUAGCAAUAUAACAUU